AUGCAAAUAUUAUAAGUAUAUGAUAAAAAAAACUUAUUUAGAGGUUGAAAAUAUGGAAAGUGAAAAAUUUAUAAAAUAAAAAAAUAAAAAUAAUCAAAAUGUAAUAAAGAACAUAAUCUAAUUAAAAGAUCUUUAAUAACCAAAAUUUAAUAGUCAAAAAGCUAUCUUCAGGUUCCCUUGGAGUAGUUUUUUUAGGGGUGACCUUUUAAAAUAUCAAAUGUACCAUUAAGGUUGAAAAAGAAGAAAACGAAGAAGAACAUAAAUUAGAGAGAGAAGUUUAAAUACUUAAGUGA